AUGUCACGAAACUCUAACGAGUAUAUUAAUGUUCCUAGCACGACACUAGAGGGAGACAUUAACAUGACGGGAACUACACCUAAUAAGAGGAAGUCUAUAUCGAAACCCAAGAUGGCACUACUAGAGAAGUUUGACGGAAGUCCUCACGAACUAUGGACGUUCCUCACCAACAUCGACCUAUACAACGAGUACCACGAUGUGCUCAACGAUUAG